AUGGAUACCGAUGAAGAUGUUCAGAUGAUUGAGAGCGAGAUAACCCCAGUGCCAUCUGAAGCAAAAGGGAAAGGAAAGGCAGUAGAGCUUAAUGGUGGUCAUGACAUCGAGAACUUGCCCUGGGUGGAGAAAUAUCGGCCGGUCAGCAUGGAUGACAUUGUAUCUCACAAGGACAUUACCAGCACCAUCGAAAAGUUCAUCGAGAAAAACCAAUUACCGCAUCUACUCUUCUAUGGUCCACCUGGCACGGGUAAAACUUCAACCAUCCUGGCUGUGGCGCGUCGGAUAUAUGGAAACGACUAUCGCAAGCAGAUACUGGAGCUCAACGCUUCAGACGACCGCGGUAUCGACGUUGUGCGCGAGCAGAUCAAGAACUUUGCAGAGACGCGCACACUAUUCCUCAAGGGCUACAAGCUCAUCAUCCUGGACGAGGCGGAUAUGAUGACAACCGCGGCCCAAGCAGCCCUGCGACGCGUCAUUGAACAGUACACGAAGAACGUGCGCUUCUGCAUCAUCUGCAACUACGUCAACAAGAUCAUCCCCGCGAUCCAAAGUCGCUGCACGCGCUUUCGAUUCUCGCCACUGCCCAUCCCCGAGGUCGAGCGGCGGCUCAACAGCGUGAUAGAAGCUGAAGGGGUAAAACUGACCGAGGACGGCAAGAAGGCACUGCUCAAGCUCUCGAAGGGAGACAUGCGGAGAGCCUUGAACGUUCUCCAGGCGUGUCACGCCGCGUUCGAUCUCAUCGGUGAAGCACAGAUUUAUGACUGUACCGGUAGCCCACACCCAUCAGAUAUUGAGACCGUCGUCAACUCGAUGCUCUCAGACGACUUCACCACCUCUUAUAAGAUGAUCUCAGCGCUGAAGGUCGAGCGCGGCUUGGCGCUGCCGGACCUCAUCAACGGUGCCUAUGAGUACAUCGAAACCAUCGACUUCAAGCCACAUGUGCGCGUUUAUGUGCUCGACUUCCUGGCGACCACAGAGCACCGACUAUCUACCGGAGCGAGUGAGAAGAUACAGCUGACGGCGUUGCUGGGUGCUUUCAAAAAUGCGGUAGAGCUGUCCGCUAAAUCGGCGUGA